GAUUGAUAAAGCUGCAAGAACCAACUUCUACACAAACGGCGACGGUAUGCACUUAUGUUCAUCGGUGUUCUUACUUUUCUUAUCGUCGAAAGGUUCCGCUUCGAUAUAAUUAUAAUACAAGGAAACUACUAAUAGCAAUAGGGAGUUUAGGACUCAGGUUCGUUUGGUUUGCGUAAUGUAAUAAUAGAUUUAUGGUCACGCGAUGGCUCAUUGUUUCCCGUUUUCUUGCUCCUCGUGAGCAUCUUCGACUAUCCUGCUAAGAUAUGCAUUUUAUUCUGCGCCUCGCGUUCUUGAACCGGUUGUCGAUGAAGUAAGUGUAGUACUCGCGGCCACCUCAUUCAUUGGUUGUUUUUAGGCGCCACUCGUGGAGGUAUCGGCAGGAUGAGUAGGACAAGCAGUGGCGGCUCGAAGGACGCGCCAUCUGCAUUGCAAGGCGCACGUUGGAUAUUGGGUACGACGUCUUACUUGUUGCGUCUUCUGAAUUUUUUGGUUGGCGACCCCCGACAGUAAAGGUACGCUGUCACUGUAUGUAAUGAUAAUGUCACAUCAGGACAAAAUCACUAACGCCUCCACUGAAACAAGUGCUGAUCUACAUCUUCUAUGCAACAUAUCUAAGGCCUUGGCUCGGUGGCUGAUGAAAUUCUUCACAACUAGACGAGCAGUAUAUGCAAAAACAAUAAACCAGGGUCCAUUUUCACUUCUGUCAGCUGUGUCAUGUGCAAUAAGCGCAUUUUCUCACUGUUUCCGGUGCCUUUCGCUCUGACAGCCACGCACUUUGCGCUGACCACCAUGGCGCAGCAGCUCCGCGGACAAACUGGAAAUACCGGAGAUUUGACGAUGCGACACGGCCAGGGAGGACGACCACCGCCGUCAAACUCACAGUCAAAAACAUCUAAGAGCAGCAGUGCCAGGAGCUCUAUGGGGGCGUCAGGAUCGAAAUCGACAAAACCGAAAAAAAACCUCUGCCCUCCCUUGGGGGGGGCCUUCAGGGCAACCCCGCCGGGACCCCAUUCGAUUCUGACACACUCAAGCUUACCGUGGUGGCUAGCUCGGAAGGGGCCGAGUGUGUCAGAAUCGCAAAGCGAAUCCCGGCACACCUCCACGGGACCCCUGGACUUUUUUCGAUUUUUUUGCGAAUUUCGAUUCUGACGCCUCCAUAAGCUCUAGUGUGGAAAUAAAGCGAGGCGCUCUUCCGUUGUAUGAGGCAGCUAAGAUCGGUUUUCUGGGUAACGCGGCUAUCGGGAUUAUGAACUUGUCGCUCGGAAAAAAUUCGGUGGCCUUCUACCAGUUGACGAAAGUUUCCUUGGUCCCCGGCAUGGUGGCCUUCAAUUUUUUUGUGUAUCGCAAAACUACACCCGUCCGUGUUUGCGCCUCAUUGCUUCUGAUAACAAUUGGGCUGACGCUUGCGACAGUGACGGACACCAACAUCUCGGCGUUUACCAAAGUGGUGAAAAGCGUCCCGCCUCCAGAAUGCGAUGCCCCAUUGCUCCUACUUUACAAUGAAUCACAAAAGAACUUAAUUAACUUUCCUCAUAGAAAAAGCAACUUUUCUCAUUGCAUAAAUUUAAAUGGACACACUUUUUUCGACAUGAAAUCGUCAGCGCGUUCUGCAGCUCCCUUGUAUAUUAUGAAAAACAGGCUACAGAUUUUCGCUAUUUUGGGUUGGAGGCUUGUGCUGCCCCUGCCGCUACCUGAAAUUGGAAGAGUACUAUUUACAUGAAGUCCAAAUCGGAAUCAGCUCUCCGCAUGGAAGUUUUGCGCAUACUUGCGUGAUUCAUCACUUAUCCGAGGUCGUAGUCGCGAUUCAAACACUCGCACUCUGCGGUAGGCGUAGGGGCGGUUUUCCAUCUGAUAGCGUUCGGUUUUGCCACAGGUAUUGUCGCGGUGUGUGCCACGGUAUUGUUUCAAAUUAUUGAUGGUUCAGGUGGGAAAUUUCUGUCAGACUAGAAGUAUUACACUUUGUCUUGCAACUGGCCGGCUCCGAACAAGACACGUUAGGGGCGUGAUCUUAUGUGACUCGGCGCAUGGCAAUCGUUCCGAGCACUCGACAGUGCAAACUUGUUGCGCUGUCCAGGGCGAGACCCUUCUGUCAUGUUAGUCAUUAUCCCUAGAGCGAAGAAGUAAUUCUGACGUUGACCUUUACCGGGACGCUGGUCUGUAUCUCUUUUGUCCUCUGGGGUGCAGGCUUCUUCACGUUUUGCCUCGGACUUUACAACGCGUGGAUGAGUGGUGACAUAGCAGCUGCUCCGAGAUGAUCAUCAUGCCCAGCAUGGGCUGCGUGGAUUCGUGUACUAGAAGAAGUGGCUCUGCUGUUGAAGGGUUUCAUGCAGCGUCACGGACAGCUCAACGGGUACGGGGGGGAAUUUCCAUGUCUCUUCACAUCACUGACGCUUGGUCGGUUUUCAUUUCCCACCUGGCACUCGGAUACAAAUAUCGAUGGAGCACGCGCAGCGCGAGCACUCUGUUUCUGGCCUCGAAACACAACUCGCCAUCGCACCCUUUCAGUUUCUGUCCGCCGUGGCAUUUAUCAAAAGGAAAAAUCCACCCUCUCCAUAUCAAGGCGGAGAUUCGUGUAGCAUGAUUUGUAGCCACAAGUGAUGUGAUGCUUAUGCUAGAAGGGAAGAGAUCGAGAUGCGGACCAUAGUAUUGCCUGUUGUAUGAAACAAGCGCUGCGCCUUCAGCAUGGCAGGAAGCAACUGGAACUGCGAGCGGAAAACAGCAUGACAGAUUACCUGCAAGCGAGGCCGCAACUGCGUCUCUUGGCCUUCUAGCAAUGCGACUCGGUUUGUGUUGUACGCAAAUACAGCGUCACAAAUUUCCCACUUCUUUCCGAUAUCGAUAUGGGGAGGGGGAUUUUUCCCCACAAUAACGUUUUUCCUUUGCUCCGAUGAACCGAGACUACUGCUGCACCACAUGA